ACGCACGCAACAUUUAAGCUUUUUAAAUGGACGUCAAGGCAAUGACAAUUAAUUCAUUCAGCCAUUCAUAAUAAACAUGACAUUUUUUUGUUAUUGCGGCUGAAAUGAGUUUUCCUCAGAAUUUGUGUUUUUAAUUAUGUUGAUAGCCAUUAGCAUUUAUUUAUUUGUUUGAUUGUGUAUUUUGCAUUGAACGGACAAAAUUGGUUGAUUUUGAAUUAAUUUUAGGAAGACACCCUAAAGAACAAAUUCAUAUUAUAUAGAAAAAAAUGGUCCCCUUUAUUGAUUUUUUUCGGAAUUGUAAUGAUUACUUUGCCUUUUGACAUUCGAGUCUUGCAUAUCCCCAUGCUCUGAGGAGGGUGGGAGAGAUGUUUUUUUUUUUUUUUUAAACUGAUUGGUAUUAGAGUACUAUUUAUUUACCUCUUUGCUUUAUGGAUAAAGUGUAGUUACAAAGGAUUUAAUUUUGUGAAUUCCGAGGAACCAUACCACCAGAAGCACUGGAUUUAAAUCUCGUUCAUAAAAUGGCCCUGCGACGCUCUCAUUUGAUGUAUUUGUACUGUCAGAGUUGGCUAAAACAUAAGUAUUCAAUAGUGAGCAGGUUAUUCGGGGUUGUACCGUGUGAAUGAACGGGUGGGAUGACCCGGUGUUUUAGCACCGUCUGCUGGAGGACAUCAAGCAGGACUUCUCAUGGGCUUAUUUAGCACCGGCGAGCCACGCUUCCUUAGCAACAGGCUGAUGUAAACAUUACAUUGACCAACAUAAAAAGAAAAAUAAAUACAAGUGCGGCUCGAUACUGGAGAGUUGAUAUGUCCUCACUGUUGAAAGGAGAUCAUGACACAGAAUGAAAAGCAGAGUCUAACUGGAGAUGAAGAAAUUAUAAAAGAGCUGUGUGUGUCUAAUGGACUCUGCCAUGAGAGGGUCUGUCAGGAGGGGAGUAGUGAAACGGUUCUGGAGAUGUUUUUCUCUGGGUUCCCGCGCAUGGUGGGACUCUCUCUCUUCCCCAGACUGUCCAGACUCACUAUUGUCGGCCAAAGCAUCAGCUCAAUCCAGGACCUGGAGUUUUGUCCACUCCUCAAAGAAUUAUGGGUAGUGGAGUGCAAACUCACUGAAAUCUCAGGCCUGCAUAACUGUGUGCAUCUGCUAAAGUUAUAUCUGUAUGACAACAACAUCCAACAGAUCACAAAUCUAGAAAUGUUGGUUGACCUUCAGGUUCUGUGGCUUAAUAAAAACCAGAUCUCUGACAUACAGGGACUGAAUUCACUUGUAAACCUUGAGGAGUUGAAUCUGGCUGAUAAUGCUAUAGAGAGUCUUGGUCAUAGCCUGGAUCCUAACAUCAAUCUCCAAAAUCUUAACCUCUCAGGGAACAAAAUCAGUUCCUUCAAGGAACUGACCCAUUUGACUCGGCUGCAACGACUGACACACCUGAGUCUGAAGGACCCUCAGUCUAUUCCAAACCCGCUGUGUCUGCUCUAUAAUUACUACAUACAUGUCAUAUAUCACAUGCCACACCUGCAGUGCCUGGACACGUAUGACGUAUCCAGUAAACAUCUCAAAGACUUUGCAGAGUCUACAGUCAUGAAGAAAAUGAUGUAUUACACCAUGCGGGUACGUUAUGCACAAAGACAGUUUGAUGAUCUCAAAGCCAAGCUCAAUCAGCAGAGGAGAGACCAGACACAACUACCAGAGGAGAGAAUACGAGUGCUAGCACACAUGCUCAGAACUCAGCUAGAGUUUGAGCUGUGCCUUGUUCAGCGUUCUGGGAAGAAGUCAGAAGAACCUGAAGACUUGACCUCUGACCUUCAUCAUGACCAUAGUCAUGAGCAGAGACUGCAGCACAAGCUGGAUGCUCUUAAAGACAGACUGAAAUUCUGGGAAGGGCGUUUGGAGGAGAUGGUGUCAUGUCACCAGCGUGAUGUAGCUGUGGCCUCAAAUAGAAAGGAGAUGAUGAUGCACUUCCUGCUGUUGGAGCUGGAAACCGUGGGUAACAUUCGCUUUGAGGAAGGAAAUAGCAGCGAACCUUGGUUCACGUCUUGUUAUGAUCUUUUGCUAUCUCGUUUUUGUGUGUGGGAUUAUAAACCUCAGCACAUCACUGGCAUUAAGAUCAAUCAAAUUAUCCGGAUUCAUAACCGUGCCCUGCGGCAACGCUUUCAGGACAAAGUGGAGUCUCUGUUUUGCAGACAGGAGUCUUCACCCUUCUCACAGAACUAUAAACGCAGCAUGGAGUAUCUGUUCUACGUGCCUGAUCCAGAACAUUCCUGUGAAAGUGAUGAGAUACUACAAAUCCCAGAAAAGGGCUUUAAAACUGCUGAUGCAUAUAAGGCAUUAGGCAGAGAGAGAGCCGUCCCCCUCUCUAACAGUGUGAGUGUAUCCGAUCGGCUGAGAAUGACAUUCAUGCAAAGGAAGAGCUGCUCAACAUCAGAAAGAAGCCCUGCAGACCGUCUUCCCUACAGACAUGGUCAGUUGAUCAUUUCUAAAGUGUUCCUGGGCCGCAGUGCUGCAGUGAAGGAGGGUCUCCCAAUUGAUUGUGAUCAUUACCCCAAAGCAAACUCUGUUUAUCUCAGUAUCAGCUCUAAACAGCAAAAGCAAACUGCACAAACAGACAUGCUGUGUCCCUCCAGCCUGCCAGACAGGUGCGACUGUAGACAGCAGCAGAGACUGUGGUACAUUUUUGACCAUGAAAUGGUUAUACCAGAGUACCUUGUGGACUUUGAAUACGUAUCACAGGACACAACCAAGCCUUCACUAGGCUCCCAAUCCAGUUCUGAUAGAUCCUCUGGUGAUUCUCCACCUGUGCCCCGUGCUGAGCUGGACCUGGAUGAGGAGGCAUUAAAUAUGCAACCCACCCUGAAGCCAAAUCCUAAAAUGCUCAGCCUAGAAGAGAAAUCCAUACUGACAGUGGCCAGAGCAAACAUCCUCAGUCAGAUCACAGUGCUGAAUCUUCAUGGCAACAGUCUGAAUAAACUGCCUGAGAUUUCCCAACUCACGGCUCUGAAGCAUCUGACCCUUAGCUUCAACGAGUUCACUCAUCUGAACGAUAUUUCACACAUGCCAAAUCUGGAGUCUCUGGAUGUUAGUUUUAAUCAUAUUUCCUCUUUGGUGGGACUGCGUGGACUUGGUCGGCUCAUAGAACUGGAUCUUCGCUGGAAUCUGUUGACCCGAGUCAGAGAUGACAUGAACGUUUUGCGGAACCACGCCCCGGCCCUGCUUCGACUGGACACACGGCACAAUCCUUGGCACAGGAAUGAGUGUGUGCGUAUGCUGGUUCUCGGCCGACUAAAGACUCUCACUCAUUUGGAUGAUGUUUUUGUGAUGGAGGAAGAAGCGGCUACUGCUGUACAAGUGGUUGCCCGGUCUAGAAUCAACCAAGCAUCUCUGAUGACCCACUCUCGGACUGACAGUGAACGUCCCCGCAGUCUGAGUUUGCUCUCUACAGCACACCUGCUCACACAGAUCAACCCGUCUCCAUGGAAACUCUCGCAAGAGCUUGAGUCAGGCUGGACCUCCAAAAUCACAGCGCUGAAUCUUGAUGGCCAGCAGUUGACCCGGAUCAGUAAUUUAGACCGGCUGGUGAAUCUACGCUGGGCUUCUUUUGACAAUAAUGAACUAACCCGAAUUGAGGGAUUGAAACACUGCAUACUACUGGAAGAACUUUCCCUUAACAACAACAGUAUUAGUAGACUUGAAGGUUUGUCUGCAAUGCAUCGUCUGACGCGUCUGAGCAUUAAUAAUAACAACCUACAGUGUUUAGACGGGGAUGUGCUAGACCGGCUACCAAACCUUCACUUCCUGUCUGUUGAGAACAACAUCAUCUCUUCUCUACAUGGACUCCAAAGGUCACGGUCCUUAUUCGAGCUGUAUGUCGGCAACAAUGACAUCAGCACCACCCGAGACAUAUACCACUUAAAGGCACUGUCUAGUUUAAUUAUUCUGGAUCUGUAUGGGAAUCCCCUAGUGUGCAAACUGGAGAACUACCGGAUAUACAUGGUUUUCCAUCUGCCAUCACUCAAAGCUCUGGAUGGGGUAGCCGUGGAAACGUGUGAAUCAGAAACUGCUAAAGACGUGUUUGAAGGGCGACUCAAUGCAGAUAUGGUGGCCGAGAAACUAGGCCAUACUAACUACAGGGAACUGUCAGAGCUCAACCUGCUGUCCAGCUCAGUCAGGAUGGUCGAUCUCGUUCCCGCUGAUUUGUUCGUUAAUUUACGCAGUAUUAAUCUAGACGGCAAUAACCUCACCUCAUUCAGCGGUCUGAUCUUCCUGGCCAACAUUAAGGUGUUGUCUCUGAACUAUAACCACGUCGAGUCAAUUCUGCCUCGUCAAAAAGUUCAGAGUUACAUGAGCAACAAGCAGAUUCUCCAUCAUAAAGUCAGUUCCAGUGGAUAUGGGCAGCAGAACAGAAGGCCCAGCAGGGAGGAAUUAACUGGUGAUAAUCUGGAGCCUCUGAUGUCCAGUUUAGAGGUUUUGCAUUUAGGUCAUAAUGGCAUAUCCAACCUGAUCAAUCUUCAGAUCAGCCGAUUGACUAACCUCAGAGCACUGUUCCUACAAGGGAAUGAUAUCAGUCAGGUGGAAGGAUUGGAUGGUUUGCGAAGACUACGUGAGUUGGUUCUGGAUCGAAAUCGAAUUAAAUCUUUGAGUGAGAACUCAUUCAGUGAACAGGGAGUUCUUCUGGAUUUGCACCUGGCAGAGAAUCGCAUCCGUGAACUGAACCACUUGCACCCUCUCAAAGGGCUCCAGAGGCUGUUCUUAGACAUGAACAAAAUACAGGAUAUUUCAGAACUAGAGAAACUGGAGGCACUCCCUUCUCUUUUUGAACUGUCUGUAGUGGGCAACCCAGUGGCACGGCGAUCCCUGCACAGGCCUCCAGUGGUACUGUAUCUGUCCAAACUGCAGGUUCUGGAUGGCAUUACCGUCACAAUGGAGGAACGAACCAGAGCAGAGCUUUUAAAUAAUGAAGCACAGGGUUCUAGUUCAGGUGGAGAAAUGACAUUACCUGGUUUGGUACCAUUGGCAACCAGAACGGCUCCUUUAAGAGGUACAGGAAUACACACACUAAUACCUGAUCAACAGGAUGACACACACGAUACCAGCAGAUGUAAGUAUACAGCAUACAGACACACACCAAAGGCUAAACACAAACACUCACCAUGUAUAGAUUUUUGUGUGUGUUCAGAUAAGAAGCAGAGAGCAGUUGUCUCUCUCAUGCGCGGAGUUCAGAGUGACAUUAACUUCAGGCAGAUCAGAGGAUCUUCCAGCCACUACAUGACAGCACUGCAGCAGACCGGUUUCAGGGUUCUCUCUACUUUCCCUAAAGCUGAUCCUGAGACCAGGUAUCUGUGUCAGAGUGGACCCAGGCCUCCUCCUCCUCCUCUGUAACAACAGAGCUUUAGAGACACACUAUGUGUGUCAUGUUUCCCCUUUGGCCUUGUGUGUUGUUGUUCAUUGAGGUUCACACAUAUUUUCCUCGAUCUUUGUUUUUUAAAUCGGACUUAAAUUCCCAAUAUGUUUAUUUGUUUGGAAUUAUGUCAAUGUCAAAGGCAUUAAAUAUAUUUUUUUUUCUAUUCGA